AUGUGGAAAUUAGUUGGUACUAUUUUAUUUGUGUUGGCGUCCAUAGUGAGCGCUCAGGUACAAACGGGCAAUGUUUCGCUGCCAGGUCAAAAAUCAUGGUACCUCUGCGCUCCAGGCGUAGUUGAUGCAAUAAGAUAUCUUGUUACGACAUCAGAUCAAAAUCUCACUUUAACACCAAACUUUGGCUCCAUCACAAAUGGGAGUGGUGUUCCUACUGAACCUUGUUCAACCGGUAUUCUUGCUUAUGCUAUGAGUACGUCACAGCUUAAUUUGACCCUCCAAGGAAACAACGAGUUGUUUGCACAUAAAGUAUCAUGGUUAGUAAACAAUAAGGGUGAAGAGAGAAUUUGA